CACGAAGUAGGAGCAACGUAACCCACUUUUCUGCCGGCGAAAUCAGCGACCAAAAUACUUCAUUCUGUCACCAAAUUUCACGUGAAUACCGCUUCGAUCUAGGCCUUGGAACACCACGACAUCAUUUCUUCUAAACUCUGCGACUUUUUGAGCGGCAGACAUGUUUUAAUCGGAGGAAAUUGAUCAGAAUUGUGGUGGGUGUGGAAGUUGCGGGUACGGUGACAGAGCGGGGUAGUGGGAGCGGAGCUAGGUCGCUUUGCCGUCCGUGUGCUGCGGGGGAAAAGAACCGAUUGAAAGCCACACGCACGAGUUGAGAUUCAAGAUGGCGUUGCGUUUCUUGUCCUUCGUAUUAUUGGCCCUGACUGGACUCCUGUGUGGGGCAGCCGUCACAGACGAUCGUGAAGACCGGAUGUUUCACAACGAGUGGGCGGUGGAAGUACGAGGAGGGGAAAGGGUAGCCAGGGAAGUGGCGGACGAAUACGGUUUCACGUUUGUCAGAAAGAUUGGAACUUUGGAGAAUAUGUACAGAUUGGAGAAAGAUAACCAUCAUAGGAGGUCUAGGAGAGAGGCUGUGGAUGUUACAAGUCUGCUAAAGGAAGAUGCAAGGGUAUCUUGGGUUGAGCAACAAGAGACGCAUUACCACGAGAAGCGGGACACUGUGGCCGUUGCCCACGACAGAACCGGAGACGACUACGUGCCACCAUUCAACGAUCCAAGGUUCCCCGAUCAGUGGUACUUGCAUAAUGACGGCCAGAACGACGCGACGCCCGGUGUGGAUAUGAACCUUGCACCGGUCUGGAAACUCGGCAUCAUGGGACAGGGCGUGGUGGUGUCGGUCGUUGAUGACGGUGUCGACGGUACUCACCCAGACUUGAAGGCAAACUAUGACCCCGAUGCAUCGUGGGAUUUCAACGGUAAUGACUCGAACCCCCACCCCGACGACCGCAUUGAGAAGGGCGGGAAAAACAAUCAUGGCACACGCUGCGCUGGAGAAAUUGCCGCCGAGGCCGACAAUGGAAUAUGUGGCGUUGGCGCGGCACCAAAGGCUGGUAUUGGAGGCAUAAGAUUCCUGGAUGGUGACGUGACAGAUUCGAUGGAGGCCGACGCUCUGACGUACGCUAACCAACACAUCGACAUCUACAGCUGCUGCUGGGGACCAUCCGACAACGGCAAGACAAUGAGGGAACCGGGCAAACUAAUGACGGAAGCGUUGGCUCAGGGCUGUCGAGAGGGUCGUGGGGGUAAGGGGUCCAUCUAUAUGUGGGCCUCCGGUAACGGCGGCCAUAAUGACGACGAUUGCGGUGCCGACGCCUACGUAGGGAACAUCCACACCAUCUCGGUCGGUUCCAUUAACGACAAGGGGGAGUCUGUCUACUUCAUGGAGAGUUGCCCCUCCACCAUGGGCGUGAUUCUGUCCGGCGGUAUGAACGACCGGAGUACGAAGAGCGAAAUGAUGAAACGGCAGAACCUGGUGAUUACAACGGACAUUCAUGACAAGUGUAUCGAUACUUUCAUCGGGACAUCAAGUGCCGCACCGCUAGGGGCCGGCCUCAUGGCGUUGGUCCUGCAAGCAAAUCCAAACCUAACUUGGCGAGAUGUCCAGCAUGUCGUCGUCAACGGAGCGAACAUCCCCAAUACAGUGGAGUCGGGUUGGCACGUCAACGGCGCCGGUUUCCACGUCAACGAGAUGUUUGGCUUUGGCAUGCUGGAUGCCGGGAAGAUGGUGGAAUUGGCGUUGACAUGGCAGAACGUCGGGGAACAGAGGAUUUGCGAGGAGCCGGUACAUGAGAUCAACAAGUCCGUCCUUCAAGGAAUGGCUCACAGUGUCCAUCUCCGAGUCAACUGUCCCCAGAUCACUAAACUGGAACACGUCAAGGUCCGCAUAUCCUUCCAGGCGCGACGGCGUGGCGACGUCUCCCUGACACUCUCCUCCCCAUUUGGCACCCCCUCGGAGCUCCUCUCCCGACGGCGUAACGACAACUCCUCGGACGAGGUCAAGAAUUUCCCGUUCAUGUCCGUCAGGAACUGGGGGGAGAACCCAACGGGGACCUGGGUGUUUGAGUUGAUGCAUCACUUUACUCCGGCCGGCGUCCAGCCCAAGCCGAAGUGGCCGGACAUUCCCCGACAGCACGACAACGUGGUGGAUCUGAAGGAUAUUCAGCUGAUACUCUACGGGACUGGAGAUGACGACAGGAGUCCGAACACCAACGCCGUCAGCACCGAGCACACUGGUAAACUGGACAGCGAGGACGUGGUGGACAUCUUUAACGAUGAACAGAAGGCUAAUGAGGAGAUCGUCGUUGACUUAGAUGACCUCGCUGACGGAGUGAAACCGCCCCCUAACACCGCGCACAACCUGGAUAAACAUGAUAAGGACGUCAUCAACACGGGACAGUUCGACCAGGUUCUUCAGGACCCAGAGAUUCGCUCCCUCAUCCACGAAAUGUACGUCCACAAGAAGGCCGAGGCUCUGCGAAAACUUGCCGCCAAGCGCCUCCAGAAAGACAAGAGGUACCAGAGUCAGUGGCAGAGGUCACAUGAUAGGUCACAUGACCUGGAGGAAUCCAGUCGGGAGGCGCUAGAAGAAGUCUUGGAGGUUCUCCACGACGUCGGCAAACAGGACGAUUAAAGAAACUAUCAGGGGCCAUUCUCUUGGAGCCGCUAAGUACAGGAACUAUUUUCUUAGCGAAAACUGGUUACCGGGUAAAAUUGUGUUGGAUGUAUAUGGCAUGUGACUGGUUCCCAGCUCAUAUAUGCUUAGCAUACAAAUUCGAUAAGCAGUAUUUCUUGCUUUAACGGCUUCAUGCAGUCUAACCCUGGUUUUGAUCUUUGCAAACACAAAAACUAUCCAGGCUGAUACUUUUUUUACCAUUUCAGUUUUACAGGCUUUCAAGUAUUCCUAAUUGGCUCUUCCGC